CAAAUCCACAGACACCAACAAACGCCUUGAUAAACACUACAUAUGUUGUAACCCUUCUAGCAAGUGUUUUUUCCCCUGAGGAAGUCCAAUUGAAUUAUUUAAUUGAUUGUGUUGUAUAUUCUUCAAGCUGGUGCAAAUAUUUAACUCCUCGCACGACUGAUUCACAACUGUUUACAAAGAGAGUUCCGGAAAUAGGAUUUUAACUGAGCAUGGCUUCUCGCGGGAAAUCAGAAACUGGAAAACUGAGGCAAAACAUGGAAGAGCAACUUGACAGACUGAUGCAGCAGCUGCAGGAUCUAGAGGAGUGCAGAGAAGAACUGGAUGAGGAAGAGUAUGAGGAGACAAAAAAGGAAACCUUGGAACAGUUGAGUGAAUUCAACGACUCCCUGAAGAAGAUCAUGACAGGAGACAUGACACUUGUGGAUGAACUCAGUGGAAUGCAGCUGGCAACCCAGGCUGCCAUCAGCCAAGCUUUCAAAACUCCAGAGGUGAUCCGACUCUUUGCUAAGAAGCAGCCGGGACAGCUGCGAACCCGACUCGCAGAGAUGGACCGAGAUGUCAUGGUGGGGAAACUGUCGCGGGAUGUGUACACGCAGCAGAAAAUGGAAAUCCUCACAGCCUUGAGAAAACUUGGAGAGAAGCUCACUUCGGAGGAUGACGCAUUUCUCAUCGAAAAUGCUACAGCUACUCUGAGCCAGUUUGAAAAAGUGACAGCAAACUUAGGCUCCGAAGACAAAAUUAUGGCUUUAGCUAGCUCUGGUGUGAAAACCAAAGCGUAGUAAUUCUACAAAAUGUUUAUGUUUUAAAAAAUGUGCCAAUUUAUCAUCGAUUCUGUAAAUAAUCAAUGCACUUCUAGGUGUUGCUAUGUAUCCUAAUACGUUUUUAACAGUAUUGUUUUAUACUCCUCAACCUUUGUAAAUGUCUUUUAUUUGUCCAGAGGUGUACAAAUGUGUUAUCGGUACAAUCAUGUGACUUUGUGGGAUAUGAAGACAUGUACAUGAAUGUAAAAGAGUCCAGGCAGUGCAAGAGAAAGACUCUGCUGUGAUUUGUGCUGUAAUUCUUACUGGGUUGCUGAGUUGUUUUUAAGAUUGUUGAUUUCCUGCACGAGUGCUUCAAAUAUUCAAGAUGUAAUUUUAUUCUAACUAAACUGUGCUGUUCACAGGGAUUUGGACAAAAUAACAGAAAUACCACACGGAAAAGAACUUUGAAGUAACUUAAGUACACAUUACAAAGACAGUAACACUAGUAAGUCAAUGUGUAUGCAGUACCCAUAAAGUAUAUGUAGUAUGCAGGAGGGACUCCACAAUACGCAGCAGGGUGUCAGCUCAAACAUAUCUGACAAUCACAAAGAACUUAUAAUUGUUAAAUGACUCAAAAAUAAUUGACAACACAUUCAAAAUAUGAUAUUGACAAAGAGGAUGGCAGUAACGAGUCACAUGGCAGGAAUAGAUGUAAACGUGGCAGAAUAAGUAUUACAUACAACUGUGGCCUCUUCUCAAGAUUGAAAUCCGUCCGUCUCAAUAAAAUACACUCCUUAUAAGCCUGCGUGGUUACUGCAUUCAUCCAGUGCAAACAUAGUAUGAUGCAUAACUCUGUGAAAUCAGCACCAAUCUGGACUGAAAAAAUAUGAUCAGAUGAGUCUUUGGCCAGUUUGUCUGCAAUGUGAUUAGAAAUCCACCGGGUGGAUUAGUCGCCAUCUGUUAAACAUUAACGGUCUCUGUGGAUGUUUAACAGCCAGUGAACAUGUACAUUUACAGUACCAGAUGCAGCCUGCGCUAAAUGUUCAUGCAAACCUCACUCUGCAAAAUGAUCCCCAGUGUUACAAACAAAGGAUGAGCGGAUGAAUAUUUGAGAAUAUGCCAGGACUACACUUUGUUAGCUUCUAGAUAUCUGUAUGUUGUCUAGUGUUUCCAUUAUUUUGUCCACCCUCUAUGAACUCAUUGAUUAUUAAGCAUUAUAAACUGCAGUUACACAUUUGCAGUAAUCAACUUCAAUAUUGCUUUGUUUUUCUAUUUGACUCAUUGAACCUAUUUAAAUGUUUACAGCAUCAUGAUUGAUAUUCAGCUUUGAAGCCGUUUCUUUGAAUGUGAGUAAAAUAAAAAAUCAACGGUG